GACAAGAGACGGAGUUGGUUCAAGAGGCGGUUUAGCAAGGACUAGGUUAGAUGCCGACAAGAAAGGCGUUUGGCGAGGGUGAGAUGUACGGAUGUUAUGAGAUGGGAAAGCAUCUUGCAGCCUUCACCGUGUGAGUGCUUAUUUGAGAUAUGCGCAUGCUUGUGCGCUUUUGCUACCAAUCUCGGCGUUCAUGGAAGGAAAGCGAAGGGCUGGCCGCUGGAUCUGGCUGCAUGGAACGACAUUGCAUGUAUCAUGAUGAUUGGAAAGAGCUGCGUCCCAGCUGGGUUGUUUCUCGAGAACCCUGAUGGCCCGAGUGUCAUUCUUCUUACCCCCGGGAGACGCUGUGCAUGGUACACAACAUUUUUUUGGAGUUUUUUUUUUAUUAAUUGGGAGUUUGGGGAGCACAAGAAAUGUCACUCCUUGAUGGGUUAUUUUUGGGAAUCUCUGCUACAAGUCGAAGCGAGCUCAUUACUUGUGAGCGAGUAAUUGUGGUAAUCGUAAUGGCGUGACGAGGAAGCAAAC